AUGCAGGAGCUUUGUGCGAGGUUAAUUAGGUGUAUCAGUGGCUAAUUAUUUGUCACUUUACAACAGCAGUGACUAGGCAAUAUGAGAUUAUUCCAUCAUAUACUGUGCAUUACUCAUUUGCCCCUUUUUAACUACCAGGUCAGAUAAUGUCUGAUGAUGUCCUCCUGUGUGGUUUGUCUUUUGAACUUCAGUGCAGACAGUGCAGACAUAAAUGUGCCCUCUUAUGUCGGGUUCACUGAUCAACCAAACACACACACACACACACACACACACACAGACACACACACUGACCUACGUUCAUGUCAGAAUGUGACCCACUGCAAACAGGUCAUUCCUGGAAUAUUGUGGCCACACCCAUCACCUGGUUCACCUUUCUUAUCAGUCGUAAAGGCCGUGCAUUGACUGAUAUUUUCCAACAUCUGUGUCUUUGACCUAAAGUCUGCGUUAUUUAUAGUCAGCCUUCCAGUAACAGGUACCUGUAUGUAAGUGCAUGAUAUUGUGUGUGUAUCUGUGUGUGUGCGUGUGUGUUUCCAUGUAUACACUCUGGGAUGUGUCAGAGGAGGAUCUCAGUGGGACAUGUAAUGAUGUGUGCAGCAGUGCGGCAGAACUGGGUCACAGGGAGGUGGAAAUAGAGAGAAAACGACACGAAGAGAAAGAGGGAGAAAACACUGACAGGAUAAAGGAGCUGUGCAUGUUCACACUAUCCUGCAAAAACCUCCAGUCACAAUUUUCAUCAGGGAGUUUCCUAUUGACCCCUUCAAGUUUUGCCCCUCUCAGUUUUUGUCUGCAAAGGGCUUUGGAAAAAGUAGCCACAAAUUUAAAUCUAGUGUCAUGACGUACAUUUGUGACAUUGGUUAACAAGCUUCCUUAACAGGGUAAAAAAUAACAGAUUACCAACGAAUCAACCAAAAAUAUCCCUUUUUUCUUCUCCCUGUCCAGAUUCCUCCUUUCUUCACCUCGCCUUUCUUUCUUCCUCUCCUCCUCUUCCUCCCCUCCUCUCCCCCUUCUUUGUCCUCACCUCUUGACUCCUGUCGUGCAGUUAGCACCGACCUUGUCUGUCAGGCUCUCCUCUCUCGUCCCCUGUGCAGAAAUUGCAGGCUUGACUGACUGUGACAUCCUUGAAAAUGGAUGUGAUUGUACUGGCUCAAAGUCCUCAGCCAGCUUGUAUCAGGCGCUACUCAGAGGUGAUGACACUGCCGGACUCUUUCAUCCAACGCCAGCAGCUGGACGCCAGCAUGGCUGACACGUUCCUGGAGCAUCUCUGUCUGCUGGACAUCGACCAGGAGCCAAUCACAGCGCGCAACACCAGCAUAAUCUGCACCAUCGGUCCUGCAUCCCGAUCAAUCCCCAAACUCCAGGAGAUGGUCAAAGCAGGGAUGAAUAUUGCUCGUCUGAAUUUCUCUCAUGGCUCACAUGAGUACCACGGUGAAACCAUCAAAAACGUCAGAGAGGCAGUGGAGACGAUUACCCCUGACCCUUUGUAUUACCGGCCGGUUGCCAUCGCCUUGGAUACGAAGGGUCCAGAGAUCCGCACUGGAUUAGUGAAAGGGAAAGUGGAGGAGGAGGUGGAGCUGGAAAAGGGCAGCCAUGUUCGAGUGGUGACAGCAGAGACCGACAAAGACAAAACUGAUGGAAAGAUCAUCUGGGUGGACUAUCCCCACCUGCCCAAAGUCCUCACCAAGGGAGGAAAGAUCUACAUUGACGAUGGCCUCAUUGGACUCAAAGUCACAGAAAUAGGCUCUGACUGGGUGGACACAGUGGUAGAGGCCAGCGGGGUGCUCUGCAGUCGCAAAGGCGUCAACCUCCCCGGCUGCGACCUCAUCGGCCUGCAGGCAGUCAGCGAGCGAGACGAGGCUGACCUGAGGUUUGGGGUGGCCCAGGGCGUCGAUAUGGUGUUCGCCAGUUUCAUCCGCUCAGCCGAGGAUGUCAAGGACGUACGGCGAGUUCUAGGGGCACACGGACGAGAAAUCAAAGUGAUCAGCAAGGUGGAGAGCCGGCAAGGUGUUCAGAAUUUUGAGGAGAUCCUAGCUGAGAGCGACGGCGUGAUGGUUGCCAGGGGCGACCUGGGGAUCGAGAUCCCGGCGGAGAAAGUCUUCAUCGCUCAGAAGAUGAUGAUUGGGCGCUGCAACUCUGCCGGCAAGCCCGUCAUCUGUGCCACACAGAUGCUGGAGAGCAUGGUGGCCCACCCACGGCCAACUAGAGCAGAGGGCAGUGAUGUUGCCAACGCCGUGCUGGAUGGAGCCGACUGUGUAAUGUUAUCUGGGGAGACCGCCAAGGGACUGUUUCCUGUGGAGGCAGUCGCAAUGAUGCAUUCGAUCUGCAGGGAGGCAGAGGCGGCCAUUUUCCACCAGCAGCUAUUUGAGGAGUUGCGUCGCCUCACUCCUCUCUCCUCUGAUCCCACAGAGGUCACAGCCAUUGGAGCUGUAGAGUCCUCCUUCAAAUCCUGUGCUGGGGCCAUCAUAGUCCUCACCACCAGUGGCAGAUCUGCACAUCUCCUGUCCAGGUACCGGCCUCGCUGUCCUAUCAUCGCAGUCACUAGAAGUCCUCAGGUCGCCCGUCAGUCCCAGCUGUUAAGGGGAGUGUUUCCUGUCCUCUUCCACCCUCUGCCUGCUCCUGUCUGGGCAGAUGAUGUAGACAACAGGGUUAAUUUUGGCAUGAACAUAGGGAAAGCAAGAGGCUUCUUCAAGACAGGUGACAUGGUGAUUGUGGUGACAGGCUGGAUCCCGGGGUCCGGUCACACCAACAUUAUGAGGGCAGUCAGUGCCGAGUAACAACCUGACCUGACCUGGACUCUAAUUCUGACUGACAUGCUGACCGGACAGUGGUAGAGCCUCUUUAAGACAGCUCCUAUAAUGAGAACCACCACCUGAAAAUAAUAACCACUGUCACUGAUGAAUUAACAAAACUAUGAGAGAAUCAUCAUUGUUAUUUAAACUCAGAGAUAUUGAGCGCCACUGGAACUGGUCUCAUGAAUGUUGAAUUUGUGUAUAAGGUGUUUUAUUAAAAGUCAUGACUCCCUCCAAAUAAACCUUAAACCAUUCAUGUUGUCCUGUUCACAUCAGGCCUGAACCUGCACUAAUUGAGCCGUCCAGCCUCUUCUUCUAAUCUCUCUUAUUUAAGUAAUACUGGAUUGAACAUGAAUAUUGUCUCUUUGCAGGCCAUUGUUGAAGCCCAUCAUUAUUUGCAGACUGUAUAUAAUUUGGAGAUAAGGCUUUCAUUUCUGUCCAUAGUCCUGAGCUUAUCUCUAUGACAUUGCAGUUCUUUUGGCUUUUAUGAGCAGAGCCGGGAGAUGCAGAGACGACGGGUAUUGGACUACACCUCCUUUUGUCCACUGAGAUGACCCAGAUGCCCACAUCUGCAUACUGUUCUCCCAUAAAUUUAAUUAUAUCUAUUCCUGUGUAGGGCUUACUCAUGUCUGAUGAUCUUUUACGUGACAUCCUUGCCUUUCUUCUGCAGGCAUCCUUCGUCUUUGUUUUUUCCUUUCCAGCUCUAAUGUGCCUUCAGUCCUCCUGCAGUUUAUUUCAACCUCUCUCUGCCACUAAAAAACACUUUUACAUAGACUGAGCACUGACAAUAUCUUUGCAGAUUUCAAACACAUUUAAAGGACUUUUAUGUUUAUGCUUCCAAAUGGGGACUGUUGUUGUAGAUUGCUAUUAUUAUUGAGGCAUUAAUGCAUUAAUUAUGAAGCAAUUUAAUUUUAUACCUGCUGAGAUGCUAAUUUAUAUACUAAUGCCUGGAUUCAUUUUUAAAAAAUGCACCAUAUUUAAAAUGGUGGUCAUAUGUUGUGUAUAUAAAAUAAAGUAACUAAAUACAGCUGUAAAAUGAAUGUAGAAAACUAUAUUUGCCUUGUACAUUAUUAGAGAGAUUGUACUCAGUUACUUUACCUUGAUAUAAUUUAUAAGGAUGUUCACUUUGUAUUCAAGCACAGUCACGAUAAAUUGUACUAAUUGUGUAAAACAUGGCUUGCAUAGAGCACAACGUUCACGAAGUCAUUUUAAAUGAACUGCCAUCAUACAUGCCAUAUAUCAUUUAUCAUCCCACAGGUAUGAAGCACUCGAGCUUUGUGUACCUCAGGUUUGGACGAGACAUCCUUUAAUGGACAUAAUCUGAUUGUAUUUGUUUGAUGUCGUUUUGUAUUUGUCACCAUUGUUUAAAAAGACUUGUUCUUUGUCCGAGAUUUAAAUAAAGUUUCAACAUCA